UUCUUCACGUCAUGUGACUGUGGCGUAAACAGGAAGCAGCUGAUCUUUACUCUGCCUGAUCCCAUCAAGUAAUGUACACAACUGGUUUCUUUAACCUGAACAACCUCAUGUUUAGGAUUGAUUAAAUACACGUAACCUUUCUGUACAGGUCGGGUAAGUAAGCUGAGGGCGAGAGGAAGGGGAGAGCAGCUGCAGGACUCACCCAGAAGUCAUCUGAUCUGCUGCUCACAGGAAGAUUCCAUCGUGUCUGCUCAAGGGGAUGUCCAGCUCAGCUAUGAAGAAAAAGGUGUUACUGAUGGGAAAAAGUGGGUCUGGCAAGACCAGUAUGAGGUCAAUCAUCUUUGCCAAUUACAUAGCUCGAGACACACGGCGUCUUGGAGCUACAAUUGAUGUGGAACACUCCCACGUGCGGUUUCUUGGCAAUCUGGUUCUAAACCUCUGGGACUGUGGAGGACAGGACACUUUCAUGGAGAACUACUUCACCAGCCAGAGGGACAACAUCUUCAGGAACGUGGAGGUGCUUAUUUAUGUAUUUGAUGUGGAGAGCCGCGAGCUGGAGAAAGAUAUGCAUUACUACCAGUCGUGUCUGGAGGCCAUCCUGCAGAACUCCCCCGACGCUAAAGUCUUUUGUCUCGUGCACAAAAUGGAUUUGGUGCAGGAGGACCAGAGAGACCUGAUUUUCAAGGAGCGUGAGGAAGAUUUAAAGAGACUCUCCCGACCUUUGGCUUGCACAUGUUUCAGGACGUCUAUCUGGGACGAAACCUUGUACAAGGCCUGGUCCAGCAUAGUGUACCAGCUUAUCCCAAACGUCCAGCAACUGGAGACAAACCUGACAAAUUUUGCACAGAUUAUCGAGGCAGAUGAAGUCCUUCUCUUUGAGAGAGCCACGUUCCUGGUAAUCUCCCACUACCAGUGCAAAGAGCAGCGAGAUGCUCACCGCUUUGAGAAGAUCAGUAACAUUAUCAAACAGUUCAAACUCAGUUGUAGUAAACUGGCAGCCUCUUUCCAGAGCAUGGAAGUGAGGAAUUCCAACUUUGCGGCCUUCAUUGAUGUCUUCACCUCCAACACAUAUGUCAUGGUCAUCAUGUCAGACCCGUCUAUUCCAUCUGCAGCCACCCUCAUCAAUAUCCGUAAUGCUAGGAAACACUUUGAGAAGUUGGAGCGGGUGGACGGACCUAAACACAGCCUACACAUGCGUAUGCGCUAGCCUGCGUGGUUUGUCCGUAGUGGAUCCUCUCAGCCAAUCACAGGUCGUCACCUUCAAUCACACUUACUAUGAGGAAAAAAAAACAACCCAAUUUUUUGGUCUAAUUUCUUAAGUGGUAUUAAGUGCAGUGAUGCUUUUUUUUGUCCAGUGUCUCCUCCCGUGAUCUAUUAAAGAUUGAAACGUGUUUACUUUGAAGGGGGAAGGGGAUAUCAUGUACCUCGCUGUUGUAUACAAGGACCCCAAUGAUCGGGGGAUGUCUUUUUCUGCAUGAAAUGUAACAGCAAUGUAAAGCGUGCUGUUCUUUGAAAAUACAAGCAAUAUAGUUUUAUUCAGAAAUACA